UUUCUGAGUACCGGGGACCAGUCAGCCAAGGGGAACUAUGGUCUUUUGGACCAGAUCCAGGCUCUGCGCUGGCUCAAUGAGAACAUUGGCCACUUUGGAGGAGACCCAGAGAGGAUCACCAUCUUUGGCUCCGGGGCUGGAGCCUCCUGUGUCAACCUGCUCAUCCUCUCCCACCACUCAGAGGGUAAGGACCUGUCAUCAUAGUCAUAACCCAGCUAGUGUAGCCGGUGUGAAAUGGCUUGCUAGUUAGCGGUGCACGCUAGUGGCAUUUCAAUCGGUGACAUCACUCGCUCUGAGACCUUGAAGUAGUUGUUUCCCUUGCUCUGCAAGGGCUGCGACUUUUGUGGAGCGAUAGGUAACGAUGCUUCGUGGGAUGCAGUUUUAUAUGUGUUUGGUGGGUUCCUGGUUAGAGCCCAGGUUGGGGCGAAGAGAGGGAUGGAGGCAACACUGUUACACUAGCACAGGGCUCUCCAACCCUGUUCCUGGAGAGCUACACUCCUCUAAGUUUUCGCUCCGACCCCAGUUGUAACUAACCUGAUUCAUUUUUAUCAACCAGCUAAUUAAUAGAAUCAGUUGCGCUAGAUUAGGGUUGGAGUGAAAAACCUACAGGACGGUAGCUCUCCAGGAACAAGGUUGUAGAGCCCUGCAAUUGCACAUAACGUUCUGAGAACCAUAUGUUUCUUAGACCCUGGUGAGAGCGUGGUUAUCCUAUGGUUAUUUUGCGUACAACCUUCCCACAACGUUCUGGGAAUGGUGCAGGAUAGUUGCUUGGCUUUGGAACAUUCUCAGCACAUUUAAGGAACUUGACAAAAAAACAUAAUUUUCUAUUUCAUUACUUUUACAGAACGUUUCCUAAAAGUUCAAACAUGGUUACAUUUCAUUGACAUUUUGGUAAUGUUUUAGGAAGGUUCUCCAACUGGUUUGACAUUGGGAAUGCUCUCAAAUAGUUCAGAGAAUGUUAAGAAACAUUCUUCUGUGGUAAUUUCAGUACUUCAGCAUAACGUUUCCUUCAGGUUUUCUCAUGGUUCUAUUUAAAGUCAUGUUCUUAAAUUGUUCCGAGAACAUUAAGAAAACGUUCCAUAAAAACCAUAAGAAAACUUUAGUAACGUUCAAAGAACGUUCCAAUAACAUUUUUAAAAAACAUACAUUCCAUUCUCAGAAUGUUAACAAAACAUUCCAUAAAAACCACAAGACAACUUUAGUAAUGUUUAGAGAACGUUCUAAGAAUGUUAUUUAAAAACAUAUACAUUCCGUACUCAGCAUCAACAAAACUCUCUAUCCUCUAUCUUGUUAAGGGUGCGUUCGUAAAUUCACUCUGGAGUGCCAGAGAGCGCUCAGAGUGUGCUCUCGGCGUUUGUAAAUUCAGAGCAUUGUCAGAUUGUCCGUUCGUAAAUUCAGAGCGUUUAGAAUGCACACUGGACGCUCUGGCUGAGGAGUAGGGUUGAUCCGAGCGUUCUGACCUCACAACGGCAGUCAAGCACCCAAGCUAACUUGCUAAAGUUAGCUAGCUUGCUAGCUAAUUCCAGACAUAAAUGAGAGAACACCUCACUCUGACCAUUUUACUUGCCCUUGCAGAGCUUGUUAGGCUGUUUUCAUGUUAUCCAAAGCAUUAGUGACUAACUGUGCUGCUGGCAACAAUUUAAUUAAGCUUUUUUGCCUAUGUUUACUGACACCGGCCAUAUUCAACGGGUGUUGAGCGUUCGUAAAUUCAUCAGUUAUUCUGCGUUCUGGCACACUCAGACAAGAGUGCUCUGAAAUCGGAAUAGAUAGCCAUUUACGAACGUACCCUAAGUGUUUUCAGGUGUGUUGGCCACGCCCACUAAUUGGCCUCCCAUGAUCUUAAUGAAUGUUUGUUUCCUUUGAAAUGGGGUCUGUUUGAAUAGACUAAAAUGAACAGCUUUGUAUGCAUAAAAAAAACAUUACAUGCUAGCUCCAUCCUGGUGGUGCAGUGGACUAAUUCCAUGGAUAGGGAACAAAAAAUUAUUGGUUUGAAUCUCACUGAUGCUGUGUCACAAUACAAAAUUAAUGUUUGCAUGAUUAAUGCCUAAGGAAAUUUAUUUCCAUGUGUCCUAUCUGUGCUUGGAGUUUAAAAAAAGUUUGUCUUAUUGAAACAUUCAGUGAAAGUUAUAAGGAAGUUAUUCAAAAGCCUCCAAUUUCCAUUCUCAGAGCGUUAAUAAAGCCUCCCAGGAAAACUUUCAUGGAACCAGAUUAAAACAUACUCAGAACCAAAAUGUUCACUUCUGUUCAGUUUUUCUGGUCAGGAAACUUAUGGGUUCGUUCCCACAACCAAUGUGAAACCAAAUACAAACGUUCCCACAACUUCCAAGGAACCAAAUGUGCUAGCUGGGAACAGUCAUCAUCAUCAACAACAACAUCAUAAUCAUCAUCGCCAACAUCAUCAAACAUGAUAGUCAUAGUCAUCAUCUACAAUAACAGCAAUAUCAUCAUCACGUCAUCUACGACAACAAUCCACACUAUUACUAUCAAUCCUAUCAUCAUUAUCACCAUAUAACCAUUUAAAUCAUCAACACGAUAGCACCAUCCAACAUGUUUUAACUGUACUAUUUAGGUAUGUUUAAAAAAUGAAAACCCAGAGAGGUAGAUACACUGCUCAAAAAAAUAAAGGGAACACUUAAACAACACAAUGUAACACUGAUUGACAAUAAAUUUCACAUGCUGUUGUGCAAAUGGAAUAGACAACAGGUGGAAAUUAUAGGCAAUUAGCAAGACACCCCCAAUAAAGGACUGGUUUUGCAGGUGGUGACCACAGACCACUUCUCAGUUCCUAUGCUUCCUGGCUGAUGUUUUGGUCACUUUUGAAUGCUGGCGGUGCUUUCACUCUAGUGGUAGCAUGAGACGGAGUCUACAACCCACACAAGUGGCUCAGGUAGUGCAGCUCAUCCAGGAUGGCACAUCAAUGCGAGCUGUGGCAAGAAGGUUUGCUGUGUCUGUCAACGUAGUGUCCAGAGCAUGGAGGCGCUACCAGGAGACAGGCCAGUACAUCAGGAGACGGGGAGGAGGCCGUAGGAGGGCAACAACCCAGCAGCAGGACUGCUACCUCCGCCUUUGUGCAAGGAGGAGCAGGAGGAGCACUGCCAGAGCCCUGCAAAAUGACCUCCAGCAGGCCACAAAUGUGCAUGUGUCUGCUCAAACCGUCAGAAACAGACUCCAUGAGGGUGGUAUGAGGGCCCGACGUCCACAGGUGGGGGUUGUGCUUACAGCCCAACACCGUGCAGGACGUUUGGCAUUUGCCAGAGAACACCAAGAUUGGCAAAUUCGCCACUGGCGCCCUGUGCUCUUCACAGAUGAAAGCAGGUUCACACUGAGCACGUGACAGACGUGACAAAGUCUGGAGACGCCGUGGAGAACGUUCUGCUGCAACAUCCUCCAGCAUGACCGGUUUGGCGGUGGGUCAGUCAUGGUGUGGGGUGGCAUUUCUUUUGGGGGCCGCACAGCCCUCCAUGUGCUCGCCAGAGGUAGCCUGAAUGCCAUUAGGUACCAAAAUGAGAUCCUCAGACCCCUUGUGAGACCAUAUGCUGGUGCGGUUGGCCCUGGGUUCCUCCUAAUGCAAGACAAUGCUAGACCUCAUGUGGCUGGAGUGUGUCAGCAGUUCCUGCAAGAGGAAGGCAUUGAUGCUAUGGACUGGCCCGCCCGUUCCCCAGACCUGAAUCCAAUUGAGCACAUCUGGGACAUCAUGUCUCGCUCCAUCCACCAAUGCCACAUUGCACCACAGACUGUCCAGGAGUUGGCGGAUGCUUUAGUCCAGGUCUGGGAGGAGAUCCCUCAGGAGACCAUCCGCCACCUCAUCAGGAGCAUGCCCAGGCGUUGUAGGGAGGUCAUACAGGCACGUGGAGGCCACACACACUACUGAGCCUCAUUUUGACUUGUUUUAAGGACAUUACAUCAAAGUUGGAUCAGUCUGUAGUGUGGUUUUCCACUUUAAUUUUGAGGGUGACUCCAAAUCCAGACCUCCAUGGGUUGAUAAAUUUGAUUUCCAUUGAUCAUUUUUGUGUGAUUUUGUUGUCAGCACAUUCAACUACGUAAAGAAAAAAGUAUUUAAUAAGAUGAUUUCAUUCAUUCAGAUCUAGGAUGUGUUAUUUUAGUGUUCCCUUAAUUUUUUUGAGCAGUGUAUAAAGGCCCAAUGGAGCCAUUUUUUAUAUCAAGAUACAAUUAUUUCUGGGUAACAAUGCAGUACCUUACUAUAAUAGUUUUCCAUUAAAAUGGACAAAAAUAGCUUUUUAGCAAAAAACUAUUUCUCAAGGAAGAAUCUUGUCUGGGAGUGGUCUGAGGCGGGAGGGGAAAACUUAAAAGUAGCUGUUAUUGGCAGUGUGGUUUGGAACUCACUUUGUUAUGGUCUAUUAACCAAUUUACCAACUGUUGAUGUCACCAGGAAAGCCGAAACUCCUGCCCAUGCAAACAGGCUGAUUAGAAGGUCCUAUGUAGAUUGCAUUUUCAACCAGCAACUAUUAGGAAAUAACAAUGCUCAAAUUAUUUCACAUUUAAAUUAUUUCAGUUCCAUAGUGUCUAACUGAGCAAUAAGGUAGUAUGUCAUUGAACCCUAGGAUGAUGUGUGAAUAGGAAUGAGGUAGGUAGAGAUUAUGGGAUAGAACUUUAGGCCCAGAUGAAUAUGGAUAUGACUAUCUGAGAUUGAGUCACAUAUAGAAUAGGUUCGUUGAAUCAGAUCAAUAUGCAUAUGACAACAUAAAGAAUUUGACCAGUAUAGGAAAUCGGACUGUAGAUUCUACAGUGUAGAAUAUGAAUCUCCACUUGUGUAAAUGAGAGAGAGACUGGUGCAUGAGUGAGCACUUUGGACUGAGUUAAUAUGGAUGUGUGUGUCUGUCUGUGAGAGAGAGCACUAUCAUGAGGACUGUCAAUAUGGAUGUGUCUGUCUGUGAGUAGGAGAGAGCAGAGCUGAGCUGAGCACUGGACUUGAGCUGCAGCUGAGACGAGUCUUAAUUGAUUUCACAGGGAGAGGAGCGGGGGAGGUGGCACAUGCAGAGGAUGGGGGAUGGAAUGGGGCGGAGGGGGUCUUAAUUAUUAAUGACAGAAUCUGCAGAUGAAAACAGGGGGACAACAAGGCACUUUACAUAACAGUGCAGAAGUGCUCUCCUUCUCUCUCUACCCCCCCCCCCCUCUCUCUCUCUCUCUCGAUCUCUCUCCAUUCAACACAGCCAACAGUCAGUGGUAACACCAACUCAACUGUGUGCCAGCCUGUCGCCAUUUCUCUUGUCGCUGCCUCCGUAUAUGAUGUGAGAGAACCAGUGGAUUUGGCAAGCCUAAUGUUUACAAUGAUUUAGUGGGGCUUGGGAGAGAGGCAGCGUAUCUGGACCAGUGCUUCCUCCAUAUGUAAUACUUCACGGUGCCACGGCUCCUCCUCUGACGCAUGCAUCAUUAAAGCACUCACUCUGUAGUGCCUUGAAGGCCUCGUGAGCAGCUAGUGAGUGUGUCAGAGGGAUAAAAAGCCAGCGUAAAUGGAGAGAGUGAGUGCUUUCUCUAGAUACAGACAGUACAGUGCCCUAUAUCCUAUAUCUAUUAUACACUCAGGGAUCUGACCCUCUUCUGACCCCCAGGUCUGUUCCAGAGAGCCAUAGCCCAGAGCGGCUCAGCCAUCUCCAGCUGGUCGGUCAACUACCGGCCCCUCAUGUACACCAAGAUCCUGGCUAAGAAGGUAGGCUGCAGCUACGGGGACACGGGAGAGCUGGUGGAGUGUCUGAGGAGGAAAAGCUUCAGGGAGCUGGUGGACCAGGACAUCCAGCCGGCCAGGUAUCAUAUCGCCUUCGGCCCCGUGGUGGAUGGAGACGUGGUGCCCGACGACCCCGAGAUUCUCAUGCAACAGGUCAGACACAGCCUCUGGCUGCAAAACAACAUGUCAAUUAUUAGAAUUGUAUUUCUAUGUUUCAACUGUUAGAAUUGUAUUUCUAUCCAUCUUUCUCACAGUCUUUUCUGUAUUUGGCAUUUUUAUGCAACGUCUGCUAUUACUGUUUUUGUCGCAGUGUCUUUUCUUCCUCAAUGUUCUGUGAUGCUAUGUGUGUGUGUUGCCACCAGGGGGAGUUCCUGAACUAUGACAUCCUGCUGGGGGUGAACCAGGGAGAAGGGCUGAAAUUUGUGGAUGACAGUGAGGAGGAUGAUGGCAUCUCUGCAGCCUCUUUUGACUACACCAUCUCUAACUUUGUGGACAACCUGUAUGGAUACCCUGAGGGUGAGAGUUUGUUAUACAUGUCCUCAUACACAUCAACAUAUUUGUCACCCCCACAGGAGCAGAAGUAAUGCUCCAGUUACCCAUGUGUGUUAAUGUGUGUUAAUAAUAGAUACAUAUUUUAUGUUGCAAUGCUUUAGUAUUUCAUUGCCGAGUAUUCAAGGUCUCUCUGUCCCUUCACCUCCCCAUCUCUUGUUACUCUCUAAUCUCUCUCUUGCUCUCAUUCUCUGUCUCCACCCCCCUCUCUCUCUCUCUCUCUCUCCCCCCCUCUGUCUCUCUCUCUCUCCCCCUCUCUCUGUCUCUCUCUCUAAUCUCUCUCUUGCUCUCAUUCUCUCUCUCCACCCCCCUCUCCCCCCUCCCCGUCUCUCUCUCUUUAAUCUCUCUCUUGCUCUCAUUCUCUGUCCCUCCCCCCCGUCUCUCCCCCCUCUCUCUGUCUCUCUAAUCUCUCUCUUGCUCAUUCUCUCUGUCUCUCUCUCUCUAAUCUCUCUCUUGCUCUCAUUCUCUGUCCCCCCCCCCCCCCCCCCCCCCCCCCCCCCCAUCUCUCCCCCCUCUCUCUGUCUCUCUAAUCUCUCUCUUGCUCGUUCUCUCUGUCUCUCUCUCUCUUGCUCUCUCUGUGUCUCGCCCUAUCUCUGUCUGUCUCCAGGUAAGGACAUCCUGAGGGAGACGAUAAAGUUCAUGUACACAGACUGGGCCGACAGGGACAAUGUGGACAUGAGGAGGAAGACCCUGCUGGCACUGUUCACAGAUCACCAGUGGGUGGCGCCAGCGGUGGCCACAGCCAAGCUGCACGCUGAGUUCCAGUCUCCUGUCUACUUCUACACCUUCCAUCACCACUGCCAGACGGAGGCCCGGCCAGAGUGGGCGGACGCGGCCCACGGGGAUGAGCUGCCCUACGUGUUCGGGGUCCCCAUGGUGGGAGCCACAGACCUGUUCCCCUGUAACUUCUCCAAGAACGACAUCAUGCUCAGCGCUGUGGUCAUGACUUACUGGACCAACUUUGCCAAGACCGGGUCAGUACUGGACCUAAACAGGACCUAGAGAGGACCUAGACAAAUCACUGAGAUAUCAAAUUAUAAACAUGCUCUAUCCGAUGCAUACAGUACAUGCUCAAUAAUUGUGAUAAUCUUUCAUCCUUCCUUCCUUCCUUCCUUCCUUCCUUCCUUCCUUCCUUCCUUCCUUCCUUCUCGCUCUCUCGCUCUCUUUUUGUCCAUCAGGGAUCCCAACCUGCCUGUCCCUCAGGACACUAAGUUCAUCCAUACCAAGCCCAACCGCUUUGAGGAGGUCAUCUGGACCAAGUUCAGCUCCAAGGACAAGCAGUACCUCCACAUUGGCCUGAAGCCCCGUGUCCGAGACAACUACCGGGCCAACAAGGUGGCCUUCUGGCUGGAGCUGGUGCCUCACCUGCACUCCCUGCAUGAGGACAUCAACCCCAUCACCACCCGCCUGCCGCCUGGAGGAGGAGGUCCCCGUGUCCACCGUCCUGGACCCCCUGGGGCACGCUCCACCCGCCACCCCGUCAUCUCCACCAACCCCUCCGAACCCGAGCCAGACCCCUCCGAGCCGCCCCGCCGCAACCCGUUCCCCGACGAGAUAAGGGACUACUCCACGGAGCUGAGUGUGACGGUGGCGGUGGGCGCCUCGCUGCUCUUCCUCAACGUGCUGGCCUUCGCAGCGCUUUACUACAAACGGGACAAACGCCACGAGCUGCUGCAGAGACGCCACCGUCGCUUGUCCCCCCAACGCGGCAUGGGCACCGACAUGGGCAUGGGCGUGGGCAUGGGAGUGGUGGGCGCCCCGUCCCACAAUGACCUGGCGCUGAGCCAGGAGGAGGAGCUCAUGUCCCUGCAGAUGAAGCAGCAGAGGGUGGAGAUGGAGCACGGCAUCGGCACGCCCCUCCCUUCCCGCGGUCUCCAUGGCGACCUGGAGACGCUGCGGGCGCAGGUGGGCCCACCGGACUACACCCUGGCGCUGCGGCGGGCACCGGAGGAUGUGCCGCUGAUGACAGCCAACACCAUCACCAUGAUGCCCAGCACCAUCAGCGGCAUGCAGCCCCUCCACCCCUUCAACACCUACCCCCCUGCCCCGGCCCCCUCCACCACCCCCACCCCUGGCCACAGCAACAACGCCCUGCCACACCAACACUCCACCACCCGCGUA